AUGUUUUCCCGACGAGCCUUGACCGUGGCCACAAGGUCCGCCCGCACCCUCACCCGUACUCAAUCUCACAUUCCUCGUGCUCAGUUUUCGGCCGCGCGAUGUCUCAAGGCAGUUGGAGAGGUGGAUGACCCGGAGAUGAAUGGUGGAUACAUUAACCCGCCUCGAGUCAAGCGACAAUACCGCGAUCCCUACGCCGACUGGGACGACAAGCAAGAGCGACGUAACUUCGGAGAACCUGUUCAUGAAGAUAACGAGGUCUUGGGCAUAUUCGCGCUGGAAGAUUAUAACCAUAUGACGACCUCUCAAGGGCUGCUGAUGUGGGCGGGCUUUAUUUCAGCGAUCUUGGGUCUGAGCUACGCCGUUAAAGUGACAUACCCAGGCAAACCAAGCACGCCAACUGAAUAUGCGGGAGGCUUGGAUCGCGAGUUAGGAGGAGCAGGAGCUGUGCGGGUAGGUUCUAAUCAUCUCCGUGGGUUCUAUAGCGGCUAA